GAACUGAGGUGCUCGUGGUCAGCACACACCGCCGUUGCAUGAUCUGCACAAAUGCAUGUCUAUGCCGGCAGGAGACAUGCCGACUCUGCCAAAGAUUGCUACACCACAAUCAGCGUAUGACAAAGCCGAAGAGGAAGGCGAUGCAGAACGGGUGCCAUCAAUGCGAAGUGUUCGCUCCGGUGCAUCAUCCAGGAGCUCGCUCACUGGGUUGACAACAGCCUCUUUGCGAAAGGAGGUUUCUGUCAGCUUGCCGGGCUCUUCACUUGAUUUCCAUUCUAGACUAUCUCAUGGCUCAGCAACACGUUUCUGCGCCUCAGCUUUAUGGGUACACGAGGCAGUGGCUGCAGAGGUGGCCAGAAUCGUGGAGCCGCUAAAAGAAAAGCUUCAGACCGAGCAGACUGCGAGGCCCGAGGGUGGUUCUCUUGCAGACUCUUGCAGCAGCGACUUGAGUCCAUGCUUCGAACCGCAAAGGGCGGCACCAAAGAGGAGGUAUUUUGAUGAUUGUAGUGAGACGGCGGAGCUGCGUUUAGUCAAAAGAGGAAGCGGGUCUCACGGUGUCACGCAUAGAAUUCACGUGGUUCUGGCAAAGAUGCCUAUCAAACAGAGCUGUUUUGGAUGAAACCUUGCCACUUAUGCAUUGCAUGCAGCGUGUUGCAUGCUCAUGC